CUGCGGCGCGCAGAACGCAGCCCCGAGCCCCGAGUCGGAGCUCCCGCGCGUGCCCGUUCUUUCGCACCGCCACGCACUGGGUGCGGUCCCCGUGGACCGCGAGCAUCCUCUGGGUCUGGGCGGCAGGGCGCAGACCCCUCCUGUCACCCCGAUGGGCAACGGCGGCUCUGGGCGGCCGUGGUGGCCGCUGGCCCCGAUGCUGCUGCUGCUGCUGCUCCUGGGUCCUGCAGGUGCCCGUGCCCAGGAGGACGAGGACGGCGACUACGAGGAGCUGGCGUUCUUCCCAUCCGAGGAAGAUGGCCCGGCGGGCACGGCGCAGCACGCCUCGGCUACCUUCCACCGCUGCGCCAAGGAUUUCUGGAGGCUGCAGGGCACCUACAUGGUGCUGCUGAAGGAGGAGUGCAGCCGCGAGCAGACAGAGCGCACUGCCCGCCGCCUGCAGGCCUGGGCUGCCCGCUGUGGCUACCUCACCAAGGUCCUGCACCUCUUCCAUGACCUCUUCCCCGGCUUCCUGGUGAAGAUGAGCAGCGACCUGCUGGACCUGGCCCUGAAGUUGCCCCACGUCAAGUACAUUGAGGAGGACUCCUCCGUCUUUGCCCAGAAGCUUCCAUGGAACCUGGAGCGGAUUCUCCCGGUGCGGUACCAGGCGGAUGAGCACCGCCCCACCAUGUCACCGAGGGCAGACAGAGGUGGCCUCGUAGAGGUGUAUCUCUUAGACACAAGCAUCCAGAGUGGCCACCGGGAAAUCAAGGACAAGGUCUUGGUCACCGACUUCGAGAACGUGACUGAAGAGGAUGGAAUAUACUUCCAUAAACAGGCGAUCAAGUGUGACAGGCAUGGCACUCACCUGGCAGGGGUGGUCAGUGGCCGGGAUGCUGGCGUGGCCAAGGGUACCAGCCUGCGCAGUCUGCGCGUGCUCAAUUGCCAAGGGAAGGGAGCGGUGAGCAGCAUUCUCAUGGGCCUGGAGUUCGUUCAGAAGAGCCGCCUGGCCCAGCCCACGGUGCCACUGGUGGUGCUGCUGCCCCUGGCCGGUGGCUACAGCCGGGUCCUCAAUGCCGCCUGCCAGCGCUUGGCCAGGACAGGCGUAGUGUUGGUCGCUGCUGCUGGCAACUUCCGGGAAGAUGCCUGCCUCUACUCCCCAGCCUCUGCUCCCGAGGUCAUCACUGUUGGGGCCACCAAUGCCCAGGACCAGCCACUGAACCUGAAGACCUUGGGGACCAACUAUGGCCGCUGUGUGGACCUCUUCGCCCCAGGGGAGAACAUCGUUGGUGCCGCCAGUGACUGCGACUCCUGCUUUAUGUUGCAGAGUGGGACAUCGCAGGCUGCCGCCCAUGUGGCCGGCAUCGCAGCCAUGAUGCUGGCCUCCACACCCGGGCUCUCCCCAGCCGAGCUGAGGCAGAGGUUGAUCCACUUCUCUGACAAGGAUGUCAUCAACGAGACCUGCUUCCCGGAGGACCAGCGGGUCCUCACCCCCAACCUGGUGGCUGCCCUGCCCCCCAGCACCGGCACAGCAGGCGGGCAGCUUUUCUGCAGGACCGUGUGGUCGGCACCCUCGGGGCCCACGUGCAUGGCCACGGCCACGGCCCGCUGUGCCCCGGAUGAGGAGUUGUUGAGCUGCUCCAGUUUCUCCAGGAGCGGGAAGCGGCGGGGCGAGCGCAUCAAGGUCCGAGGGGGCAGGCGGGUGUGCCUGGCCCACAACGCGUUUGGGGGUGAGGGUGUCUAUGCGAUUGCCAGGUGCUGCCUGCUGCCCCAGGCCAACUGCAGUGUCCACACGGCCCCACCGGCCAGGGCUGGCGGGGAGCUCCACGUCCAUUGCCACCAGCCAGGCCACGUCCUCACAGGCUGCAGCUCUCACUGGGAGGCUGAGGGCCUUGGCACCCACAGCCAGCCAGCACCAAGGCCACAAGGUCAGCGUGCCCAGUGUGUAGGUCACAGGGAGGCUAGCAUCCACGCAUCCUGCUGCCAUGCCCCAGGCCUGGAGUGCAAGGUCAAGGAGAAGCACGGGAUCCCGGGCCCUGCAGAGCAGGUCAGCGUGGCCUGUGAGGAGGGCUGGACCCUGACGGGCUGCAGCGCCCUCCCCUGGGCCUCCCUCGUGCUGGGAGCCUACGCUGUGGACAACACGUGCGUGGUGAAGAGCCGUGACGCCGGAGCAGCAGGUGGCACCAGUGAGGAGGUCACCGCGGCUGUGGCCAUCUGCUGCCGAAGCAGGCCCUCCGGGGCCUCGCAGGACCUCCGGUGACAGCCCCAGCCCGGGAGGGCGCGGUGUGGAGCCCCUCCCACCGCAGGCCCUGCCCACCAGGGGCCGGAGUCUGGCGCCCCCUUGGGGAAACCCCUGCGCUGCUGGCUCGGCUCCUGCUGGCUACGCCCAGCGCGCCCGCAUCUGGGGCAGAACCACGUUUAUUGCGCUCUCGCUGUGCGUGCGCCAGGCGAAGUCUCCCCGAGAGCAGUCCUCUUCCUGCGGGUGGGGCUGGGAGAGGCAGGUGCGGGGGAACCGUGCUGAUGGAGCCUCCCCGCCUGCUCACUUCGCAAAAGCCUCUUCGGGCUCUGGGUUGGGGCCCGGGUGAGAUCCAGCCCCGUGAUAGGCGUGAGGCCUAGGCCUGUGCCAUGGCGUCCCCAGCCGUCCUCGCUCUGUUCUGCUAACCCGAGGAUCAGCGGGCAGUGAGCUGACUUGUCAGCUGGCGGGGCAGGGCCACAGGGUACACGCACCUGCCCCGACGCCCCCUGCCAGAUAAAACUUCAUCCGCAGAUAAAGUUCACGCCGCCAGGCAGUGCGGCCGUGCAGGCCCGCCCCUCGGAGGGCCGGCUCUGAGCCACGUUCUGCACCGCACGAGGCAUCCCGUUUUUAAGGGGAGCAGGGAGCCUGGGGGCACAGGCGCCAGGCAGCUGUGCAGUAGCGGCGCUGGGCCUCACGCGGCCCUGGGCACUGCUGUGGUCAUCCCGGCCCCGCCCCACCCGACCAAGCGUGUUCUGCUCUUUGUCGCUUUCUUAGCAAGAAGCUUUUCUAGACCGGUUUCGCUUUUGCAACGUGAAGAUAUUUAUUCUUGGCUUUGUAGCAUUUUAAAAAUAAAAACAGCUUUGUCAUGA